GUCACAGUAUACCCCUUCAGCCGUAUCACUGCCCCGACGCACUUACAGCCCCGAUAAGAAGGCCAUUAACCACUGCUACGACUUCCAAAGGUGUGCGCAAAAUACGCGGCUACCCCAAACAGAGGAGCGUUUAUUGUUCUGCGAAGUACAGGCAGAGCGCCAGUUCCCGUGAGUGUAAUUAGAGGAUGCAACAGUGAGGUGCUGGCUGUUGAUCAGUGUGAGCGCUUCAAGGGGACAGCUUGUCUGCUAAAAAAAAAUGCCACGCGGGAAAAUGGAGACGAACUCCAGCAAGGAGGACCCGAGUUGUGAUAUGGCUGGUUCGUACGAAAGACGCCGAAGCGACGCCGAGCUAGACGAAGCAAUGGGAACGCCGGAAUCGUAUUUCGACCGCACGCGACAGUCUAGGCGAGCGUCGCUUAUGGCACAGCUUCAUAUACAGCUUCUGGAGCAGAAGGAUCACCAGAGAGAGCAGCAGGGUGUACUGGCCGCUACGAGUGUGCUGCACCAGCGUGCAAAUGAGAUACGACAGCAGCGGGUUAACUGGCAGUCAUAUUUACAGAGCCAGAUGAUUUCCGAAGAGGACUACAAAUUUAUCGUCGAAUUUGACCAGGGCAGUCUCGAGACCCGUGCCAUCCUCUUGCAACAGCAGCGUCUACAGUGUGCACGCACCUUUUUCAAUCUUCUGGUGCAAAUAUCUAAAGACCAAACCAUUCAGUACCUGCUCAUUAUGCUGGAUGAAAUGCUUCAGGAGGACAAGACACGUGUGGAGAUCUUCAAGGAUUUCUGCCGUAAGAAAAAGGAGGCUGCGUGGACACCUUUCCUCAGCCUGCUCGAACGUCCAGACGGGUUUAUUGUGAACAUGACCAGCAGAAUUCUUGCAAAGAUUGCCUGCUGGAGCCAAGAGCUGAUGGAUGGCGCGGACCUGCAGUACUACCUCACUUGGCUUCGAGACCAGCUGAGGAUGCCUAAUAAUGAGUACAUUCAGUCAGUGGCAAGGUGCUUGCAGAUGAUGCUUCGGAUCGAUGAAUACAGACUAGCGUUUGUUGCUGUUGAUGGAAUAUCGACAUUAGUGACUGUUCUUGCCGGACGUGUGAACUUCCAGAUCCAGUACCAGCUCACUUUUUGCCUUUGGGUGAUGACCUUCAAUCCAACCUUAGCUGAGAAGAUGAAUAAGUUCAGCGUGAUUCCCAUCCUGGCCGACAUACUGAGUGAAUCCGGGAAGGAGAAAGUAACCCGAAUUAUCCUCGCAACCUUCAGGAACUUGAUCGAGAAACCAGAAGACACAGAGAUCCAGCGAGACAAUGCCAUAGCAAUGGUGCAAUGCAAGGUGUUCAAGCAGCUGGAAAUUCUGCAGGGCAAGAAGUUUGAUGACACUGACAUUGUCGAGGACAUUGAAUUUCUGGACGAGAAGCUGAACGCUAGUGUCCAGGAUAUGAGUUCCUUUGACGAGUACGCCACAGAGAUCAAAUCAGGCCGUCUCGAGUGGGGCCCAGUGCACAGUUCCGACAAGUUCUGGAGAGAGAAUGCAGACAAGCUCAAUGAAAGGAAUUAUGAACUGCUCAAGAUCCUCGUUCACCUCCUCGAGUCGAGCAAAGACCCACUAGUUUUGAGCGUUGCAGCGCACGAUGUUGGUGACUAUGUGCGGCACUAUCCACGUGGGAAACAGGUGAUAGAGAAGCUUGGCGGCAAACAAAUGGUGAUGCAGCUGCUCAGCCACGAAGACCCGAAUGUCCGAUACGAAGCAUUGCUCUGUGUGCAGAAACUCAUGGUGCAUAACUGGGAAUACCUUGGCAAGCAGCUGGAAAAGGAAACAAGCUCAAGAGCUUCCCAAAUAGCUGGCCGUUCAUAAGCUGUGCAAGAUAUCUUUCUGUAUCAUAAUUGCUGUAUUUAUGUUGUAAAAUGGUGGACCAUAUGUUCCCCUUAAUAGCAGUUUUUUUUUUUUUUUUUUCAAAUCAUUCCUGAUUGAUUAACUGUUUGGGAUUCCAUGAACGACUGUUGUUAUACAGUAUUGCAAUGUACUAUAACGUACUUGAGAUGAAAAUGUGUGCUAUGUGGCUUGUUUUUCUUUUUUUUUUCUUAUUUUUUUCCCAAUGCUAGUCACUUGUAGUGUGCAGAUGCAUAUCUCUUCAAAAAUAAAGUCUGAGUUGCAGA